GGACAAGGGAGGGGCCCGGGGAGGAGAAUCAAAGUCGGAGAGAGCAGAGCCAGCCUCGCCCAGCGACAUGGGGUGCCUGCCGUUUGUGUUGCUCUGGGGGCUCCCCCAGAUCUGGGGAAAUUCUGAGGGCUCCUCGGAUCUGCAUUCCCUUCCAGCCUCGCCGAGGUUUUUCCCUCUUCGCUGCCUCCAGAUCUCGUCCUUCGCCAACAGCAGCUGGACACGCACGGACGGCCUGGGGUGGGUGGGGGAGGUGCAAGCCUACACUUGGCGCAAUGACUCGGACACCAUCGUCUUCCUGAAGCCCUGGUCCCAGGGCACACUGAGCGACCAGCUGGCGAAUCAGCUGCAGCAUAUAUUUAAGGGUUACCGCAGCAGCUUCACCUGGGACAUAAGGGAAUUCGUCAAGAUGCUGGGCAGCGACUACCCCUUUGAGAUCCAGAUAUCUGCUGGAUGUGAGGUGCUUUCGGGGAACAGCUCAGAAAGCUUCCUCCACUCAGCAUUUCAAGGAAAAGACAUCGUGAGUUUCCAAGGAACUUCUUGGGUGUCAGCUCCAGAUGCUCCACCUUGGAUGCAGAGGGUCUGUAGAGUGCUCAACGAGGACCAGGGGACCAAGGAAACGGUGCAGUGGCUCCUCUACGACAUCUGCCCCCAAUUUGUCAGAGGCGUCCUGGAGACAGGGAAGUCGGAGCUGGAGAAGCAAGUGAAGCCUGAUGCUUGGCUGUCCAGUGGCCCCACUCCUGGAUCUGGCCGUCUGCUGCUCAUCUGCCACGUCUCAGGAUUCUACCCCAAACCCGUGUGGGUGAUGUGGAUGCGGGGUGAGCAGGAGCAGCCUGGCACUCAGCAAGGUGACAUCCUGCCACAUGCAGACGGGACGUGGUAUCUCCGAGUAACCCUGGAUGUGGCGGCUGGGGAGGCAUCUGGCUUGAGUUGCCGAGUGAAGCACAGCAGCCUAGGAGACCAGGACAUCAUCCUUUACUGGGCAGACCACAGUCAUGUCUUGGCGGUCGUCUUGUCAGUACUGGCUUUCAUCCUUGUGCUCGGUGGAGGCUUCGCCUUCUGGUUUAGGAGGCGCCGUGUCUAUCAAAACAUCCAGUGACUGUUCUUACCACACCCCGUCUAUCUGGACCUCAAGAUCUUAGGGUUUUGGUGCUCAGAAUUCGGCAGUGAAAGAGAGCUACCUUGAAGAAGCAGAGGACAAGCAUAAGGCAGCUCUUGUCACAUCCUUUGAACAUGUUAUCUAAGAGGAUUCAAGUUCUUUUUCAGUGUACUGCAAGUUUAUAAGCCCCGGCGGUUCUGUAAAAACAGAUGUGCAGACUCAGAUACCUCUCAGGGACAAGCAGAUGAGGGCUGAGGUGGAAUUGUGUCAUUUUUUUUUGUUGUUUGUUUUCUUUUGGACAUCCUGUGGCAUAUGGAGUUCCUGGGUCAGGGAUCUAAUCCGAACCACUUUUUCGACUUAUGCUGCAGCUGCAGUAGUGCUGGAUCCUUUUACCCACCGCACUCGGCUGGGGAUCGAACUUGCCUCAUGGCACUGCAGAGACGCCACAAAUCCUGUUGUGCCACAGUGGGAACUCCUUUGGUUAUCAUUUGGAUGAUGGAUUCUGCAGUGAACUGGAAAGCACUUUUUCUGUCCAAAGAAAACAUGUCCAGCUGUUUGUUGUCAACUAUCACGUAAGACCCUGGCUUGGCUGUAACCCACAUUAUUUCAAGAAAAGUGGAAAUCUAGUUAUAUGCAAACAUGCCUGAUAUUAAUGUGUUGACUCAAACUUUUAUAAAAUAUACCUCUGCCAGCUGACGGCAACCCUGGGACAGUCUGUGUCUCUGAUAUAAAAAGUUUGUCCUGAAGGACGUAUUGGCAGUUUCAGGACCUCAUUUCUAUUGUGAAUUUGCAUUUAUAAAGGGGGACAUUUUCUUUUUAAAAGAAAAUUAGGUUGUAAGAAACAGAGGUGUUGAAAGCUUUGUAUUUGGCGUAACUUGAUUAAAAGAGGAGAAAUCAUA